AUGUCAGAGAGUGUACGCGUUGCCUUCAGGCCCGGCCAAUCAAACGAUCAGCGCCCGGAUGAUUCGUACGCGUUGGGUCUUGGCAGACAGAGUCGUUUUCUUUACGAAACCCCCAUUGCCGUGACACAUCUUUACCCGGCUCCACCGCCCCUGAUAAUCCUGGCCCUUUCACCUGUGACUGAUGUCUUCACCGACGACACAUGUAUUGAUCGCCGCAAGUGCACCCGGACAGUGCCCAUGAAGGUGCUUGCGCUCGGAGUUGGCCGGACCGGAACAGCCUCGCUCCGCAAGGCUCUGGAACGACUGGGCUACACCAAGUGCUACCACAUGAUGUGCGCCAGCGUUGAGAACCCGCCGGACUGCCUGAUGUGGCACGACGCCCUGAACGCCAAAUACCAGGGCGUCGGCGAGUUCGGCCGCAAGGAAUGGGACCAGCUGCUGGGCGACUGCCAGGCCGUGUGCGACUGGCCCGCCUGCGCCUUCGCCAAAGAGCUGAUCGAGGCCUACCCCAACGCCAAGGUUAUCCUGACCACCCGCGACGUCGACCCGUGGCAUGCGUCGGUCAUGAAGACCGUGCACUGGCGCGUCUCCGACCCGGAGCACAAGUUCGUGUCGAACUUUAGCUGGGCGGCCGGCAUGUACUACCCCAUGCUCAACAAGUUCUUUGAGACCUUCUUCCGCGGGGACUUCCCCGGUAAAGGGAAACAGGUCUAUGAGGACCAUGUGGCGCAGGUCCGCAGCCUUGUUCCGCCGGAGCGUCUGCUCGAAUACAAUAUUAAUGACGGCUGGGCGCCGCUUUGUGAAUUCCUUGAGGAGGAGACUCCCGAUACGCCAUUCCCCCGCGGCAACGAUAUGGCCGACUUCUACAAGCGCUGCAGUACCCGCAACCGCCACCAGAUGAUGAAUGCUGCUCUGCAGGCUGUUACGAUGGGCGGUGCUCUGCUGGCCACGGGGUUGGCGGCCAGUAUGGUCUUCAAGCGAUUCUCUCGCUAA